GCUACUGCUGUGUGACCAGGGAACACUGCAAGAAAACUACCCUGGGUAUGAACAUUAGCUUUUAAAACAAGGAACCACAAUACAAGGUACAAAAUGAGGAGAAAGUUGAAGAAGCCGUACAAGCCUCAGAGUUUUUCACAGAUUCCCCGAAUUCGAGUCCCUGCUUCUGCCACGGGCAGUUCAUUACUGAAGGACCUAAAUCAAGGGCAGCAGUGCUACUUGUACAGCAUCAUGAGGAUUUACGACUCCAGGCCCCAGUGGAAGGCCUUACAGACCCGCUAUAUUCACAGCCUUGGGUACCAAUAUCAGCUGGGUUACAUCACUCAACAGGAGGCCCUGUCUUGUGCUGCCGCUCUUGGACAGUCCACCAUGCGAGCCUCAGGCGUGGAAGCUCCUCGAAGGACCAUUCCCCCAAAGUCUUCAGCCAUUCAAAGAGAGAGUCAACAAGCAAAACCAGGGUUUCAAGUUGGACCCAGGGACCCCUGCACAGCACACAGAGCAUCAAGACCCAAGAUUAAGCAUACUCUCUGAAAUGGGCAGCUCAUCUGUGUAUUCUUGGCAUUUUAGUGGAACAAACACUUUUAGUGGAAUGUGUUUGUUGAGUGACAAUGAAUAAAAGAAUACUAA